AUGAACAGAGAACCACUACAAGACCGCGAAAUUCGAGGACCGUCUCAAAAAACAAUGCUUUCCAAAGCUUUACAGAAGGCCAACGCCGCUGUCCUCCUCGAUAAUGCUACGAACUACGAGGGAGCCAUCGAUGCUUACAAUGAUGCUUGCCAGCUCCUGCAGCAUGUGAUGCAUCACAGCGGCGGUCAUGAUGAGAAACAGAAGUUAGAGGAGAUUCGGAAUACGUAUACGAGUCGGAUAGCCGAGCUCCAAAGGCUUGGUCUAUCAUCUCAGCGCGCCGAUGGGAAGGCUUUACCUGACCCCCCACAAGGCGCGGAAUCGCCGUCUGACGUUGUUUUCCCAUCGUAUCCAACGGCUGGGAUAGAGUAUCAUGAUACAUCCAUGCCGGCAGGACCAAGCUUCGUCACCAAUGACAGCCCCUAUUUCGUCAGCCCCCGAGAGCAGCGCAGCUUGGCCCCCUCACAAAUACCUCCAAGACGCCAGUCCCUACUACCAUCUUCUCAAAUCCUGGACCGUCACAUGAGCGUUCACAGUCUAAGUCCUUUAGAAAAAGACCCUCAUAUAAAACCGAAUGGUUCCAGUGAAAGAUUGAAACAAGCACGGUGGGAUCCCACAGCGACAGGAAGGAGGCCUUCAUCACCAAUGACGUAUUCCCCACCAUCGGAUCUCACCAAGCAAGCGUCGAGUCAGUUGCAAACCUCAAACCCUCUUCCGCCUCUGCCGAAUCAGCAUUCCCAUGACGCAAGCAACGAAUCAACCUCCUGGCUCGACACUAUUGAUGAGUCUGGGGCGUCAUCAAGUUCCUCAAUCCGAUCGAGAUCAUCCUUGCUCUACCUCCGUCCGAAACACGGUCGCAAUGCUAGCGAGGGUACUGAAGCUGAAUUUGACACUGCUUUGGAUGCCGCGGUGGAAGCAGCCUAUGAUGAAGGAUUUGAGCCAGUACGCGGGACAGAUAGCAUUAUCCCUGAUGAUAUCGUAUCUGAUGCAAGGAGGAGUGUUGAGUUAGCGAAACAGAAGGUCCGGGAGGCUCAGAUAGAAUCUGAAGCCGCGUUAGCCAGAAACAAAGACAAACGCAUGUUGAAUGGCGAUGAUGUGCUAUUGAAUUUUGGGGCAGUUACUGGAGGAUAUGAUGAAGACGUAGAAGAUGAGGAGGAAGAGCGCAUUUUGGAGGAGAUGAUGGCCGACUUUGAGUUUGACUUGCAAUCAAAGUCUGCUCUUCCGCGGCAGUCCGACUCAAGUGGAUUUUCUGGUAGGACUUGGGGAAGCUCUGUUGGAUCAAACGUAACUACCUCUGGCAAUUCACUUUCCACCCUUGCCGAAGGUGUUGAAUUUCAGUCAUUGGAUGCGAGGGUAAAGACGGCCUCAUCGCCUCCCCAUCCGCCCCCUAUUUCUGCGUUACCACCUCCACCAGUAUCAUCGUCAAUGCCAUCGUUACCUCCCUUGCCGCCAUCCAUGCCAUCCGUACCUUCAGUUUCAAGUUCGGCCCAGGUGAUAUCAACUAAGCCAACAAGUUUGAAUGGUAGACGAGUGGACGGCCUGAACCCGAAGGAGCUAUCCAUUGAAACGAACGGGUCACAGGCGGACCCUGUUUCCACGGCCUCUCCUCACAUAUCCUCAUCAGUCCCGAAAACCGAGGCUCAGGCUAGUGUACAAACACCAAGUUCUCACGAUGCACCUUCUAAGGUCAAAACGAGUACACCAAAUAAUCCUAUACAUGCCAUUGCCACAGCCUCAGAGCCCAUUGAAUCUGUUCAUACCGACUCACUCACAAUUAAAUUGCAGCCCCAAGAGAUAGAUGACUCCGGUUCUCUACCAUCCCCGUCACAUAUAGUCGCAAAAGUUUCAUCAGCCCCUGAAAAUCUUAGAAAGAACAUAUCUUCCUCGAGUCUCAGGGCAAUGAAAGCUAGAGGUAUGUCUGUGUCAACACCAGAUAUCGUUUCACAGACACCAGGCACGCCGUCCAGUGCCAGUUUCGCAAACCUAGAGGCGAGGAAAGGGAGCAGUCCUUCACUCCCGUCUUCACUCACCCCUACCACUACUGCAUUUACUGCCCACGGUUUUCAUGCCGGAGGACCCUAUAUUUUCGAUAGCCAUAUUCACUCACUUACAAACCUGGGUUCCCCCAACGCAUCCGUGUCGAAUGCUCCUCUGCCUCUGGAACCCUGCCCGCAGUCGUUUCUCCUUCGGCCAUUCUGGCUAAUGAGGUGUUUGUAUCAGACCAUUGCCCACCCCCGUGGUGGGUAUCUUACAGCUAAGCUCUUUGUUCCAAGGGAUGUGUGGCGCGUUCAGAAUGUGAAAUUAAAAGCUGUGGAGGAGAAAAUAUCAAGUUGCGAUCUUUUAACGGCCGCCCUGCUGAAACUCGCCCAGGCGGAUAGCUAUGAUGCUGAAGCGGUACUCGAAGAAAUGCAGUCAUUGGAAAAUGUCCUCGAUCAAGUCCAGAAUAUAUGGUCAAAAAAGCUAGGCAAUGACGUUGGUGUCCAAGGAUCAAUGCCUCUUUUUAAAUCAUCCGGAGAAGAUACCUCCACCAUUUAUGACAAUGUCGCAGCAAAGCCUUCAAGUGGUUCAAGCAAGUCGUACCUAGCGUCCUGGCGAAAAUUAAAAUCGAAGAGCUCUGGAACGGGCGCCCCUACCCAACCAGCUCCUGCACCGAAGGAUGGAGGGAGAGAUGCACUUACCAUGAAUUCGUUACCGAUGACGGAUAGCCUUGACUUUCGUGCACCAAAGAGAGAUGUAACUCAGUUACAGUGUACGGGUCCUCAUGCGAGCUACAUGAGUGCUCUGGCCAGGCUAUUCGAUGCUGCUCAGAUCCUUGAUCAAAUUGCUCGGCAAGUCGAAGACCCUGGUUUGAAGCAUUCAUCUCAGACGCUUGUUGGGCUUGAGCUUAGCGCUCGACAUGCCUCUGAGUUUUUUGGAUUUUACCGUAGAAAUCAUUAUAGCAAUCCCCGGAAUGUAGGCUCGAUGCCAAAGGCAGAUGUGGAUGUCGGUACGGGGCUUGUUGGUGCACCAGCUUGUGGAGAUGUCAUGAAGUUGCAGAUUCGUGUCGACAAGGGCAGCAAUACCAUCAGUGAUGUUAAAUUUAAGACAUUUGGAUGCGGCAGCGCCAUCGCCAGCUCCAGUUACCUGACCGAGUUGGUGAGGGGGAUGACGUUGGAGGAAGCUGGAAAGAUCCGGAAUACUGAGAUUGCAAAGGAGCUAUGUUUGCCACCCGUAAAGCUUCAUUGCUCCAUGCUUGCUGAAGAUGCAAUUAAAUCCGCCAUCUCAAACUAUUAUACGAAGAAUCCGAAAGCUCGUUCUACCGACCUAUCUGGAACCGCCGCGUCUAUCCCCAACGUUGAAGCUCAAAAGGAGUCAGCUGAAUCGACAACAGCAUGA